UCGUGGUUAGGUUCAGCCGGCUCCGAGUUAAUUAUUAUAGUUAUUGUAAAAAUAAAUGAGAGCUAAACACUAGAGUUUUAUGACUAAGCACCACUUGCACCUAGUGUCAAAUUGUAUUAGUAACCAUGGUAACUCCAUGUUUAACCGAUUAACCCGAGUUAGUGGGAUGGUGUAAGUGGCAUUUAACCGCGCUAAUGAAAGUAGAUAUCGGCAGAAUUAUGGUGAAUAAUUACAGCUAGGUACAUGUUACAUACCUAUGUAGUGUUAUAAUCCGAAAGACAGUAUUAUAAUAAGUUAACGAAUGAGUAAAAGUUAUUUAAAGUACACUUAUAUGCAUUUAAAUAUCUUGGUAAAACGUUUUAGUAUAUUGCACUUAGGCUGUUAGUUAUUGGUGUGAAAAAAUUGAUUAUCUGGAUCAAGUGGGAGUAUUCGUCGUAGAAUUGAACGGGGAACGUGGAUCGUCGCAGAAAGGGCAUUACAGCCGUCCCUGUACUCUGGUUGUGAUAAAAUGAAACUGCUUAUCAUCUUAUGCGCUGUGGUGACCAUCACCAAUGUCUCAGAUGGCUCGGAUGGGCCCUGGUAUGAAUUCUGGAAGGAGCCAGCGAGACGAACGAACCAGGUCCUAAAGUACUUCUACUGCAGGAGCCGAAACUUCACGGAAUAUUGCGGAAGGCUUUCUAGCAUAUGGGCGAAGAGUUUCAGGCGCCUAUGGUUCGUGUUCUGGCUCGGAGCGUGCCCGGAGAGGGUCAAGACUACCACGUCGGAAGGUCCGGAAUUGAUGUAUGUAACGGGGUACCCCCACGGCCGCGCCAGGAAAUACCCACUUAUAUACCACCCGGACGAGAUGCCCUUCGUGCCCCCUACGAAGCCACCCGGGCCGGCACCGGCGACCGCGUGCCCGCCCUCAUUCCGACGACCGACCUAA